UGUUCGACGCGUGUUCGCUGUGUACGGGUCACUUCGCAGCAGGAUCCCCAGGAACCGUCCCGUGGUGGUGGUGAUUUCGCAGACGGGCGCCAGCACGUGUUCGCAGCCGAGAAAAGUUUCGGUCCAUUAGUGUCGGUUUUUCGCGGAAAAACGGGAAAAAGUUUUGGGCAGUUCAUCGAACGCGGAGUGUUUCGCACUGCUGAGAGCUGCCGUUUCUCGUAGCAAUCGCAGCAACCGUGUAGGCUCUCUGUGCACCGCCGUCUAGCCAUCUGUCUCGUGGUUAUCCGAAACGCGCGGAUAAAUCAUCGAAGGCGGCGUAGGUUAGGUGCUUUAACCUUCGAAAUUACCGUAGCUUUUGGAGCUCCCCACUCGCGGUGACCGUUUGAAUGGUGUAAGAAAAAACCAGUUCCUGGCCAAGAUUCACCAAACCCGAAAAUAAAUACUCGAACGGGGCGUUCCAAGUGCGGACAAAUCCACGCACGCACACACGCGCCAAGCCAGCCGUUUGGUUCCGAGUGCGAUUUUGAGCGUUGCCCGAGAGCGCCACACAUUUCGGCGAUUACGACAUCCCGUGGAUCGACCUUCAAUCGCCUUCGCAGCCAGCCGGCCAGCCGAGAGGUGGAACUGGGCCAAACAAUCCAACCAUAAAAUAGCCUCCUCUGUACGAUCGUUCCAGCUUCCAGUCAUCACAUUUGAAGGCGCGGCGGCAGCAGCAGCCCGGUGCCAGUUGUGGAAUCUGUUGCGGAACCCCACCGGGUGACGACACGGUGUUGUGGUCGGCCCGAGAGCUGAAGGUGCUAAUUUGUGGGUUAAUCAUUUGCUUUGAACCGCGCACGGGACAACGACACGAGCGCGUCGUGUUUCGGCACCGCAAACCGAGCGCUGUUCCGAAAUUCGAGUGGUUAGAAAGCAUCGUGAUCGUGCGGCGGCGGAUUCUAGAAAGCGGCCAAGGAGGGAUUCCGAAACCCGAAAACUUAUGAAUGUACGGACAGGUCCACCGCGAUAGUUAGAAACCCUAUAACCCUAAUCCGCGUCCUUGGCUGCUGUGACCGGUGAUCAGAGUGAGUGAAACGAGAUUCGUCCCAACGGAGUAGGCCUUAGCCCAACGGAGCAGCAUCGCUGUUGGGUCGUAGUUUUUAGUGUACACUGUGCCGCCGUUUAAGGCGAACCAAGCAGAAGCUGUUUAAGUAUUCCGGAGAGCGGAUUUACUGUGAGACGUGCCGUGUUCGUGCAGGAUACAUACUCUACGUAAGCAGCAAAAAUGACGCUGGCCGAGUUCCUUAAUCCGUCGCCGGAGCAGGUGGACGAGCUGCGGCAACUUUUCAAAGAAAAGCUAGUCAAAGACGCAGCCAAGAUCCCAGCUGGUGGAUUCCAUGAGCACGACAUGAAAUGGGUGUUCGAAGGUGACGGAUGGUUGAUAAAGUUUCUUGAGAACAACGACAUCAUCAUGAAAGACUCCUUGAAGCAGCUCUGGGAAACGAUGGAAUGGAGAAAAACAUCUGGCAUCAAUGAGAUACGAGAAGACAACAUCCGCAUGGAGUACGUCAACGAUGGACUGAUGUUUCCGCGUGGUCGCGAUUUGGACGGAAAGACGGUGUUUAUCUUCAAAUCGAAACUCUAUGUUCGGGGGUCACGUAAUUUGGACGAUUUGAAGAAGUGCUUCCUGUACUGGAUCGAGCGGAUAAUUCGCGAAGCAAACGAUGAUCUCGUGACGAUCGUGUUCGAUCUCACCGACGCAGGCUUAAGCAACGUAGAUAUGGAUUACACGAAGUACAUCAUAAAUACGUUGAAAAACUAUUACCCAUGUUCGCUCAACUACAUCCUCAUAUUCGACUUGCCAUGGAUAUUAAACGCCACAUUUCAAAUUAUAAAAAAGCUUCUACCUGCCAAAGCCGUCGAUAGGCUGCGAAACAUUAACAGCAAAAACAUUCGCGAGUACAUUGACGAGGACAACAUGCAAAAGUGUUGGGGUGGCAAAGAUGAGUACGUGUUUUCGUUUGUACCGGAAAGUCGGAAACCGAUCGGAUCGAUGGAGCUCCAAUUGAACCACAAUAACAACAAUGGAAUGACGAACGGGUUCAUGUCCAAAAAGGUGCAUUUCGCGAACCUCAGCCCACCGGAAUCGCCAAUGAACGAAUCAGCCACCAACAGUUUCCCAGAGCAUAACGACGGCGAAAUGCUGCGGAUAAAGCCACAGAACAACAUCAUAUUUGCCAAAUCGGGCAACGAACUAGUCGGAUCGGUGGAAAUUACCAACGUAGACAGCCGGGCUGUUUCGUACAAGGUUAAAACAACGGCACCGGAGAAGUUUCGUGUGCGGCCAAGCACGGGAGUGUUGCUGCCCUCUGCCAGCGUCACAAUAAACGUGGCACUGCAACAUGGCCACCAAGUGAGCGCGAUCAACCGGGAGAAGUUCCUGGUGAUGUGUAUGGGGAUUUCGAACGAGCUGUCCAACAACCCGCCGGAACUGGCUGAGCUAUGGAAGAACACUUCUGCCAAGAGUGCUUCCGUGGAGCAGCACCGACUCAAAUGUGCGCUACCGGUUAACUACGACGAAAGCGGUCUGGAGGCCAUGUUUGCCAGCACCGGAACUGGCCACGGCACCGAGCAGUAUGGUGGUCCGACGUCGUCGGUGUAUGGCUCGGGUGGUGUUCGGGGUGACAACCAAAUGCAUCUACAGCAAACAAUUUCGCACCUGAGCGAGGCAACGCACCGGCUCGAGGGACAGGUGCGGUUUAACCAGAAGCUGCAGUGGAUCAUCCUGUUCAUGUUCCUGCUGCUCUCGGUGGCCAUUGCGUACAUACUGAAGGUGGAAGUCAAAGCCAAUGCAGCCGCUGCACAUUGUGACAGUAUGGAGCACCACUAGGGCGCCGCCGUUACGUUAGGCCACUCUCGAAGGGCGUUCGAUCGCUUUAACCGUCGGUAUGCGGUGCUGGUGCCAGUUCGUUUCAUUCCUGUUUUUCCCCGUUAUGCGAAGCUUCUUUUGUUUCCGCUCUACCGCCUAAAAGGAUGCGGGGAGUCCCAGUUGCCCGGGGAACCGAGCCGACCGAACCAACCGAGCUUUGUAGUCAUCCUUUCCCUUUGCCGUUACUUUUGUCCCGCCUGUGUUUUGGUAAUCCCUUUCCUUUUCCCAACCCUCACGGGGGGAUUUUAUUGUGUAAUUAUUUAUUAGGUGAUCGUUAGGUUAAAUGCAUUUGGUUCCGUGUA